AUGGACAUGGGCUUCUCGGCCUCUGGAAAGGAGCUAGAUCCUCGAAAUCCAGAUGCCAGAAUCCAAAGGGCUUUGGGUCUGAGCUGCGGAGCCUUUUCGUUCAUUGAGCGGAAAGAUGAUGAAGAGGUCUACAAGGAUGGGCGGCAACAGAAAUACAAGGAUGGCGAGGACACCAGCAAAGACUGGAUAUGUUUGCGGUCCAAAGCCAACGGAGAGCCGUGCGGGGAGCGGAAUUUCCCACGCAAUGAGAAGUGCUUUCGCUGCAGUGGCCUUCGUCAAAGCAAUGCACCUUUGGUCAAGGAUUACAAGCCGAACAAGAUCGACGGGCGCAAGUUCUGA